AGCCAAAAAAGAAACUAGUAAGCCAAUUAUUCCCGCUUUAUAUAUGAUCGGGCGGGCGGAGGAUCCCCACCGCCAGACCACCGUACCGCACCGCCCGCCAGCUUUCGUCUCGCCACCACGCACCGCCGCCGGGCGGAGUAGACUGGCCGUGCGAGGAGAACCCGGGGCCCUCCGGUCGUGCUAGCGUGAGAUCCGGCGUCUGGUUUCGGGGCGGCGGUCGGUUCGAUGGUGCGGGAGACGGGGUACUACGACGUGCUGGGGGUGAUCCCGUCGGCCACCGAGGCCGAGAUCAAGAAGGCCUACUACGUCAAGGCGAGGCAGGUCCAUCCCGACAAGAACCCCACUGACCCCCUCGCGGCCCAGAUCUUCCAGGAGCUCGGCGAGGCGUACCAAGUACUCAGUGACCCCGCACAGCGUCAAACAUACGACUCAUAUGGGAAAUCUGGUAUUUCAACGGAAACAAUGAUUGAUCCGGCAGCUAUUUUUGUUAUGCUAUUUGGUAGUGAGAUUUUUGAGGAUUACAUUGGUGAACUGGCGAUGGCAUCCAUGGCCUCACUCGAUAUUUUUGGUGAAGAUGAACAGAUUGAUGAAAGGAAGUUGCAAGACAAAAUGCGUACUGUACAAAGGGAAAGGGGGGAAAAACUAGCAGAAAAACUGAAGAAUAGAUUGAACGUUUAUGUUCAAGGAAACAAACAUGAAUUUAUCCAGAUUGCUGAGGCUGAGGUGUCGAGACUUUCUGAUGCAGCAUAUGGGGUUUAUAUGCUGAGUACUAUUGGUUACAUGUAUUCAAGACAAGCUGCCAAGGAGCUUGGAAUAAAAGCUAUCCUUUUGAGGGUUCCGUUUAUAGCUGAAUGCUUUCGAAACAAAGGUCAUUUUAUUAAAUCCCAAGUGACAGCUGCAACAGGUGCAAUAGCUCUUAUGCAGUUGCAGGAAGACUUAAAGAAGCAUCUUAGUGCGGAAUGUAAUUACACCGAGGAGGAUCUUGAAGCUUACAUGAAGAGUCAUAAAAGUGUUAUGGUUGAUUCGUUGUUGAAGCUUAUUGUUGCUGAUAUAGAGGCAACCCUGUCACGUGUCUGCCAAAUGGUGCUUCAAGAUAGCAGUGUUAGGAGGGAGGAACUGAGAGCUCGAGCUAAAGGAUUGAAAACUUUAGGCAAAAUAUUCCAGCGUGUUAAGCUCAACGUUGAAGGGGAAGCACCAACAGUGCCGAAUACGAUAAAUAAUUUUGAUGAUAAUGUUGGUAUCUCUCCUGAUUCAUCACCCGAAAUUCUCAGGGGGCAGCCAUUCGAUGCAAACCCACCGUAUAUCAGGAUCCUGCCUUUGGACGGUUGAACUGUCUGAAAACACUGUCAAAUGUUUGUGGAAGGAUGCUGCUGAUCAGGUGUAUAUGUGGGAAAUUUUGAGAACAGAAUCAGGGUGAGGCCCCUCCCUGUGCGUUUUUUUUUUGGUUUGGAUCAUGUGCUUAUCAAAUCGGUGCAGCAGGGAUUCAUCUCACCUUUUGUGCUAAAAAGUAAUCGAUGGCUUGCAAGUUUUAAUCCUGAGCAUGUUCAGUUCCUCCAUCGCUCAGCUCAACUAUGAAAUGAUGUAUCUACCCGGUCCAGACUUCAGAUCUGGAAAUCAUUUUUUUAGCACAAACUUGAUUUUGUAAACAGAUGUCUCAAAUAUCAAUGGUGUAUGCUAUCAUUUGUUGAUAUAAUUUAUGAUUUUGUAAUUUUUA